UUGACAUGGUGGUUUUAACAGUAUUUUUUUUUAAAUAUUUUUAAAGCAUCAAACGUAUUUCGGAUUGUGUGUUUGUCAUUAAUAAUUGUUAACAUCGAUAGGAAUAAAAUAAUUCGCUACGGCAGGAUUAAGAUCUCGUAAAUCGGGUUUUGGUCAGAGUGGAACUAGCAUUCGAUACAAACGCUAUCAAAAAUGGUGUGGUUUAAAAUACAUUUCGAUAAUAGGGAUGGAAAAACAGAAAAUAUAUUUCGACAAAGGGAGGGAAGAACACUAAAUGGAUGUUUAUAUCGUUGUAAAUUUAUCGUUAUAAUCAAUGGAUUAAAGUUGUCAUUAAGGGGCUGCUAAAGCGAUCAUAAGUCUCCUUAAACCCACAUUGGAUUCUGGGACGUAGCUGAUGAAACACCAUGGCGAGUCUAACCAAUGUUUUCUCUGAAAAGGAAAGGGCAAACUGGCUGAAGGCAUGGCUGGCAGUUGUCAUAACAAAGUCUGGUUUAGAGCAGUUUAGUGAGAAUGAGGCUAAAACUGUACACGCAAAUAUAUACAAUAAUGUGUGGUUAAGUAAUCAGGCGCCAGCGGCAUGUACAGGCUGUCACACUGCAAACUUGCUGAAAUGCCCAACACCAGGCAUAUGCAAACGAGGAGCACACAACACAUGCAGAACAAUGCAUGAUAGUGCAGAAAAACAACCACGGCCAUGUCCAUCGAAUGUGUGUAAUAAAGUCCGUGACGAAAUUGUAAAGCAACAUAAAUUUGCAAAUCCUUCUUGGAAGAACACAACUGCGAAAAAAUGGGCAAAUCAUCCAUGGCAAAUAGCGAAGGCUUAUUUACCUCCAGACGGAUAUGCUGAAGAGGUUUCAGUCCAAGAUACCAACUUUAUCGGCAUCAUCAGUUUUAUGAUGAAUUGCAAACACUUUGAAAAUAAAUUGUCAUUCCCAAUUGCUCUAGGAAAACCUCAUCCUCCGUGUCUUUUGACAAAAGCGCGAGAAAGUUUCAGGGUUGUCCGUCAUUCAUCUACUCGUAAAAUCACAGAUACGGAACUCCUAGACAUCUUCACAACAUUUAUUAGCCUGCUGACAGACCCAGCAUGUCUAGCACAUGACGCUGGUGCACAGGAGGCUGUGAGGAAACUAGAAGAGUUGCAAAACGAAUCAUCGAAGAUAACGACGGACUCAUUUAUUUAUUCACUAGAGGCUAUUCAAAACUCAUUGAAGAUAACGACGGAGGCUGCUCGUGAUACACAUAAGGCAGCUUACAUGUAUAUAGCGAAUGAGGCUGUGGAUGAGUUUUGGAUGAACAUUAAAGAGCGUAAGAAGGCUCUGUAUGAGCAUUCUUCUGAAGCUCACCUUUUCACGAUAGUUGAUAGCUUAGCCGAUAAGACUCUGGAUCAAUUGCCGAAGUACCUUGAUCAGUGUUUGAAGGCUUUCAAUGCUCACAUGGAUGAACAUUCCAGCAAGACUGUGGACUCGCCGUACGAGAAAUCAUGUAAAGGACCUCGAAUUGAAGCACUAAGCUCAUACUUCGAUGAAUCAAAACACAGGAGCUAUAAUGUACUGCUUGUGAUGAAGCAGGCAGCUACGGACGAACACUGGACAUUUUUUACAAAGGCGUGUGAGGAUAAAUACAAGUGCGAUGGGGACAUUUUUGAAACAAAUUUGGAUAGUUUUGUAGUCUACGUACCAGCCAGGGCCCCAGAUGAUCCAGAUGAUCUUAAUGUUUCUGACACUACAAACGAUUUGAAAGGCUCCGUUAGUAAUGAUGAAGUUCAUGGUGUCUUGAACGGUCCUGGCAAUAGCACGGAAGUCCAGGAUUUCAACGAUGCAGUCGGUAACAUUGUAGUCCAGGUUGACUUUGACAAUGCAAACACCGACACUGAAUACAAUGUCGGAUUGAACGAUGAGGUCAGUAACACAGAGGUCCAUGUUGGUUUGAAAAGUCCACUUAGCACCACUAAAGUCAAAGAUGACUUAAACGACCCAGUCAGUAACACUGACGUUCAUAAAAACGUGUACGGUCUAGUCAGCCGAACUGCCGUCCAGGAUGGUUUGAACGGUCAUGUUAUUAAAACCGAAUUUCAUGGCAAUUUAAACGGCCCAGUCAGUUACACUGAAAUCAAGGGUGAUAUAAACGGCGUAGUCACUAACGAUGAAGUCCAGAAUGAUUUGAACUGCGCAGCCAGUGACAAUGAAGAUCAGAAUGAUUUGAACGGUAUAGUCAAUAAUAAUGUUGUCCAGAAUUAUUUGAACGGCGAAGUAAAUAACACUGGAGUUGAUGAUUAUUUGAACGGCACAGUCAUUAAAACUGAAGUCCAGGAUGAUUUGAACGGCUCGGUCAGCAAUACUGACCUCCAGGAUUAUUUUAACGGCUCAGUCAGCAGCACUAAAGUGCAUAUUGAUUUUAACAAUCAAGUCAAUAACACUGAAUUCACGGAUCUUUUGGACAGCCCAGUCAGUAACACUGAAGUCCAGGAUGGUUCAAAUAUUUCAGUCACAAAGCCUUGCGAUAUAGAUGUCGUGAAUAUUUCGAACUCAAAUCUCAGAGUUCCGAUUAGUGCUGACGUCACUAACCCUCAAACAGAGACACAAACCGAUGUUUGUGCUUCAGUUUCGAACCAUAGUGCUGAUGAGAAUUAUAAUCACAAACUUAUUUAUGAUAAGUGGUUUUUAUUUGGAACUUGUCUUUUCAUGAUAUCUAUUUUAUUUCGUCAUGUAAAAAAAUCGAUUUGAUUUGGUUACAUUUGAGUAUGGUAACUUUGUAUCGUGCAGAUUCGCGAAUAUUCUUUUUUUUUGUUAAAAAGGAGUGUGUAAACGCGUUUAUUUUGCGUAUUUCAAUUCUUUUAAAAAUAUACAUGUUUAUUCAAAAGAUGCUUUAUCAUAUUUCAAAUGCGCCUAAAAGUAUUGUUCAAAGUAAAUAUUAAUAUAACAAAAAUGUCAGAAAUAUUUAUGAACGGUCUUAAAAACCGGUUAAAACGUAUAAACUGCGCGACAGGCAUACAUUUUCAGCAGCAAAUUUAUUGCUCAUUUGCUAAAUUUUACAUUUCAAAUGUGUGUCGCCUUUUUAUCGACGAUAUGAGUAACUUAAGCGAACGUGAUUCAUUCGAAAAGUAAAACAACCAGAUUCGUAAACUGAUUUUUUGUUUAUUUAUUUUUGUUUGUUUUUGUGUGUGGAUAUAUAGGAUGAUUUACGCCCACGUUUGUUAUUCUAGCCAGUAAAGUAGAAUCUUGACAAAUAUAUAUGUGGUUUGUAUUUUUUCGUGCAAAGUAUAAAUAAAUAAGAUUUUUUUUAUUUGCAUAGCUCUAUGCACUAUGUUAAUGCAUUGUAUACUCUAUGAUUUAAGAAUGGCUAUAAGAUGGCUCUUAUUUUCAAAAGUGGCAACAUUAUUUAAAAAAUAGCGAAAAUGGAUGGCUAAAGAAAAUGUUCACUCAGAGAGAACUUUGUUGAAGUAUUAUAUAUUAUAAAAUGUGAAAUAAAUCUCACUAUGAAAUCGCUUGGUAUGUAUUUAAUGUAUUCAUGUAUUGUGAAUAAAUAGUCUUCAAAUACAACAAUGUUGUUAUAACAUAGCUCAGAGCAGACAAUCAAACUUGCUUAAGUUCCCCAAAAGUAUUCACAUCUAUACGGUGCAUGAGCAGCGGGUUUCCCCUUCUGUAUAAAGUAUCUGUAAAAGGCACUUUCAAAAUCGAGAAACAGUUACACAUUUCCCAAUUGACGUUAUAAUAAUUUGAAAAAAGAAUGAAAAGUUGCGUAAAUUCCGUUCAAAAAGGGCUUAAAAUCUGCAAGUUAACAAGUACAAUACGCACUAAAACUUAACAUGUCAGCAAACAGGCAUGUAACAGA